AUGUCUUCCGUCCCGCUGCUCGACCAGAUUCAACUUCCCACUCCCUCCAACACACCCAGAGCCAUGGAACAAGACGAGCCGUCUCCAACCACCUACGCCAAUCACUCUACUACUUGGACGCCCGUUGAUGGCAUGACGCCCGUGUCCACAAACCCUUCCAGAAAGCGGUCGCGAGAGGAUACAGCUCUUGAUCAUGAGGCCGACGGCUCCUACUUCGCACCAGUGGACCAACCUACGCCGAUUCCCGAAGAGGAGGAGCCUAUUUACGGCGAGGGCAUGGUCUUACUCAAUCCAAAGACCGGGGUGUCGAUCUCAGCCGAAAGCCAGACGGGAACUUGGUACGAAGAAAAGGUGGACAGAAAACACUUGGAAGAGGAGGUGGCUGCGGCGAAUUUCAGGCCCAAAAUGCCUACCAGCCGGAAGUCGGUCAGGCUAUCUCAGACCUCCCUCCGCCUACCGGUUGAUACCUCAGUCGCUUCAGCCCCGGCUAGUCCACCAAAGACGGCUGUCGAUAGACCCGAAUUCGACGAGGCGACGUUGGCACUCGGCAUUGGCUGGACCAAAAUGGCUUCAGAAGACGAAUCUAUCCAGGCCGCGGCAAGAGGCUGGGCAAGAUACUUGGAAAAUCAUUAUGCAAGAUACAUCCAUGGUGCUGAGAUUCUGCUAAAGAGUUCGGGUCUCAAUGCCUACCUGGUGGGUUGCCAGGAAGGCUUCUUCCUCUUCAGCGAGGACUUACUUGAAGGCAAGCUUGUUGGGCGUUCUUGGAGCACCUGCCUGCAAAACCUUCGGUCACAGCCUGUGGUCUUCGAAGGUCAAGAGGUACUCCGGGCAGAAAGAACUCCAGGUCCAGAAGCGGCCCCGAAUCAAAUGCCACAGCGCAACAUUAUGGAGAACUGGGCCGACUUCAACCGCUUGAACAGCCCUCAACCCAUUACGGCGACUGGAAACGGGAUGGAACUGGACUGA